AUGAAGUCGAAACCGGCACAUUACGUCGACGCGCCGUUCAGGCCGUGGCCCCCGCUUUCCCGUCAGGUGCAACCUAACUUUUACUUUCGACCGCCGGAUCCCAUGGAUGCGAGGAACUUCAAAACUACCUCCUCGAAGUCCACCUAUUCAGAUUUCUCUGCGAUGAGUGCGUACAGUAAUAAGUCUCGGGAUUACUACUUCCUAUCGCCGAGCUACCGAUCGGCGGGCGCGCCGACGCCGAGCAAUCACGCGGAUCUCUACCUCAGCAGAGAGAGACAGCGACAGAUCAGGAAUCCGAGCGCGACAUCCCCCGCGUGUCCAUGCAGCCGCUCGCGGUCCCUGGAGGACGUGCGUACCGAGGUGGUGACCGAGUGGGAGGACGACGACGAGAACGGCAACCGGAUUGUCGCCCCGGCGACCAAGUUCAAUCGUACGACUUACAAAACGAACCCAUCGUUCGAAAAACAGAAUUUUCUUACACGACAUUCCAUGGAAAAUCUAAUCGACAGAUCUCCACAAGUGCCGCCACCCAAACGCAUCAGUGCCUUUCAGACACAGACCAGGAACGGUGGUCAGAGCGCGCCGCUGUCCACUCCGGCCGCUGUCCCAGAAGUAAACGGUUCUCGACCCACGUUCAAGCCGGUCACAGUACUCGAAGACCUGCAGGCUGUACGAUGCGCCGAAUUCCACCCGAACGGGAAGCUGUAUGCUGUUGGAUCGAAUACAAAGACGUUGAGGAUAUGCACUUACCCGAAGAUCGAUGACGUCAAAGACAACAGUGCGCCUACAGCGCCCACCGUUCUGCUCAAGAGGACGAAGCAUCACAAGGGCAGCAUCUACUGCCUAGCGUGGAGUCCAGCUGGCGACCUGCUCGCCACUGGUUCGAACGACAAAACUGUCAAACUGAUGAGGUUUAACAGUCACGCUUGCAACUUGGAAGGACAAGAGGUUGAACUGACGAUGCACGACGGUACCGUCCGCGACGUCUGCUUCAUAGAAGACACAUCGAACAAGACGAGCCUGCUUGUCAGCGGCGGCGCCGGCGAUUGCAAGAUAUACGUAACCGAUUGCGCAACGGGCAAGACAUUCCAGGCGCUCAGCGGUCAUUCAGGUCAUGUUCUAUCGUUGUACAACUGGGGCGGAGCGAUGUUUGUGUCCGGUAGUCAAGAUAAGACUGUACGUUUCUGGGAUCUUCGUACCGGUGGCUGCGUGAACGUCAUAUCACCGCCUACUGGACACCCGAGCAAGGGUUCAGCGGUCGCGUCACUAGCAGUCGAUCCCAGCGGCCGUCUGUUAGUGUGCGGUCACGACGACGGUUCGUGCGCGCUACACGAUGUGCGCGGAUCUCGUGCGCUACAGCGCUUCACACCGCACUCGAGCGACGUACGUAGCGUACGGUUCUCUCCCGGAGCGUACUAUCUCCUUACAGCGGGUUACGACGGACGGGUCGUUCUUACUGAUCUGCAAGGUGACCUGACCUGCGCUUUACCAAGCGUACCAGUAGCUCGACACCCGGAUAAAGUUAUAUCGGCGAGGUGGCAUCCCGACGAUUUCUCAUUUCUCUCGACAUCGGCCGACAAAACGGCAGUACUUUGGACGAUUCCACCGGUUUAAGCGAACGUAGAUUUAAUAAGGCCUACACCCCAGGUGUUAUCUUGAUUGACGUUGUCCUUCGUUUACCGUUUCGUGCUAUUUCUUCGGCGGUUUUGAAUCGUUUACUUUCAGCAAUAAGAAUAUUCAGAUGCUGUUUAUUUUAACGCGGGAUCGAUUGUCGAUAAUAUCGUUUGAUUGUCGCUUUAAUAUCGGCUUGUAACUAAUUUAUAUAAAAUAAAAUAAUAAUGUUAAUUCUUCUGAGUCAUAUUAUCGAUUGAAUGUCAAUCAAUGUCACAAAAUAAUUUUAAUAUCGAAAAAAAAAAACAUUAUUCUAUUUUUUUAUCCAAUGUACAAUUAACGUGUACUUAUGUAUUCUCUUAAGAUUUAUUUGUAUGUUUGCUGGAACAAAUGAAGCUUUAAAAUAUUUAAUUUUACUACAAAAACUUAAUGUUAUCCUUCAUCAUAUUAUAAGCUAAAUAAUGUUCUCAAAA